AUGAACGACUUCUCAAGCGGUCAGGGGGCAGUGCUUUUUGUGGAAGACACCACCUUGAUUGCCAGAGGUGUCACUGUGGAACAGGCAAAGGAGGAGUCUGCCAGACUCUUAGAAGUAGCUGAGUUGUGGUUUCUUGCCAACAAGCUCAAACUAAAUGAAGAUAAAACAAACAUCUUGCAUGUUAGAAUUUAUACAUUUCUAUUAUUGUCAUUGGUUGAUGUACAAACCCAGUUGGACGCGGAACUGGACUUGAAUCAAAGAACACAUUUGGACAGAUGCUGUCUGCAAAGAUUGGCCAGACUGCCAGUUCAGUACAUACUCGGAGAAUGGGAGUUCAGGGGUUUGACACUUAGCAUGCGCGCGCCCGUGUUCAUCCCACGGCCUGAGACUGAACAGCUGAUUGACGUGGUGCUGGCUGAGCAGAGCCAGCUCGAGUCACCACCUGCCUGCAUCGUCGAGCUGGGCUGCGGCUCUGGUGCCAUAUCCAUUGCUUUGGCCACCGCCUAUCCACAGGCCAAAAUUUACGCAAUUGAAGCGAGUGAAGAGGCUUGCAAUUUGGCCAAGGAAAACUGUAGACGGUUGGAGCUAUGUGAAAGGGUGCACGUGAUGAAUGCAAAGCUGAUGUCAAACGGGUCACUGUUGAAUGGCUCAAUGCCUGACUGUGUUGACGUGUUGGUCAGCAAUCCACCCUACAUCAAGACUGCAGACAUCACCUCGCUCCAGCCCGAAAUAACAUUAUACGAAGAUCUGCGAGCUUUGGAUGGAGGCAUGGACGGUAUGCAAGUGGUAGGUGCACUGCUUCUUUUGCUGGUAUCAUCAAAACCCUGCAAUGCUGGAAAAGGAAUAACACUCUACAUGGAAAUUGAUCCCAGUUUGUAUGAACCUAUUCGACAAUGGACUCUGGAUAAAAGAAAUCUCGGUGUUCAGUUUGGCAAUAUCUAUAAGGAUAUAUAUGCAGUGGACAGGUUUAUGAGCGUACAUAAGGUGGACAAGUACAUUAGAUAGGGAUGGAUGUUUGUCACUCAUCUGUUGUGGGUGGAAGAAGGAGAGGUAGACAAAUUCAGAUUGUGGCCUACAUUUGUGACAAAAUACAGCUUCUCAUAACCCUGAAAAAACUUGAUUUGAAGCUCUCAUAGUAAAAGAAGUUAGCAGUCACAAAGUUCUCGGUCAGAGUUCAACCCUUGAGAGUGGUAGCUGAUUAAUCGACUGAGAGGUGACCAGUAUUUGACUACCCAGCAUUUCCCAGCGGCAAUUAGUGGGAGGAGGAAGAGUCUGCUGCAAACAAUUCCAACCACCAACACAGUUUCAACUCCACUUUAUUUAUAAAAGAAUUGUAGUACCCUUUGAAAUUAAUAAAAUAAUAGAAUAAAAAUACAAAUUACAUCAAUUUCACGCUUUUAUAAGAAGCUGUACCUCCCUUUGGAGAGAUGAAUUGAAGUUGGCAAUAAAUUGUCUAAUCAAAUUGACUUAUUUGAAGCACCCAACAUUUUUAAGAUGAAAAUUCGAUCAAUGUGAAACAUACUCGUGAUACGAGUUCUAAAUGUUUUUUUUUUUUUUUUUUGACAGCUGCAUUAUACCAAGGCCAUGUACCGAUCUAUUGCACGAAAAUGCCUAAGCAUACUUACUAGUCACUUGGCGCCAUGUGGUGGAACGGGUUGGCUGUAAGGGGUGAUGUGGAGGCCAACUAUUAUUAUUUUAUUAUUAUAACUACUAGUUUCGGUGAUCACACCAUCGUCAGGUUAAAAAAAUAAAUAUCCAAUAAUUUUUUUAGGUAGCCCUGAAUUCAUACAUUUUAAAAAGAUAUGGGUACACUUUAAUUAUUUAUUUAAUCAUUCAGAAUUACAAAACUUACGCCCUAAACGGUUUCCUAAUUUAUACAACAGUCCAAAUGUAGCUAGGUUAUGUUUCACCUCAACAUUCUUCAAUUACACAUUCCAAUUUACAAUCCAAAACACACGAAAAUAAUUUUCAAAUAAAAAAAAAUACUUCAACACAUAACACAUACAAAACUAGUUUAUACCUGUAUACAAAAAUUGUAACAAAAUAAUAUAAAUUUUAUAUCUUUGGCCUCCAGAUCGACUGUCGGUUCAGACUGAAGGCUGAGCUAUCUCUACUUUUGAAGGUAGUACGAAGGUAAAUACCAUCUUAGAGAAAAUAUAGCACAAGAAGAUAAAUGAAUUAAUCACUCACUGUGACGAGAUCUUUCUGCAGUUCCGCCAUCUUCUUGGUUUACUCAUAGACAAGUAGAAGGAUAGGAUGGCAAUUUUUAGUGUGCUGUUGGUGUCUAUUGGAUUAGUGUCUGUUGGUAUCUAUUAGUGUCUAUUGGGUUUGUUGUGGCUGAGAAGGUAAUCAAAGAGGAUGUGGGAUUUGAAGUUGGUUUGUUCGUUUAAUAUACAUUGUCUAUUGCUUUUAAAUUGGGUGUAUAUUUCAAAUUGUUCUAUUGUGUUUAAUUCUGGUCCAUUGUUUUUUAUGUGUAUGAUUUGUAGAUAAGUAUUUAUGUUUGUGAUUUUCUUGAAUUAGGUGGUCGACGAAUGCAGAUUCUGUUUUUGUUUUUAGUCCCUGGAUAUGUUCCUUGUACCUUUGAUUGAAAGAACGGCCUGUCUGUCAGAUAUAGAAUUUAUCACAUUCAGAGCAUAUUAGCUUGUAUACUCCUGGGAGUUUGAGUUUCUUGUUGUCUUGAAUUUUUUCUCUUUUAUUGAUUUGCUUGUAGAUUUUAUUUUUUGUUCUAAAUGCCACUCAAUUUAGACCUGAGAGCUUAUUCCAGUCGUGGACUGUAGAUGCCAAGCUCAGAAACCGGCCCUACAGCUCACUAGUAGCUGCAAUGAACUCAUACUCUUUGGAUAUAGUAGUUGAAGUAUACAUAAUAAACAGCAAGUAAAUAGAUAUCCAUCAUGGUGUAGUGGUUAGCACUUCUGCUUUCCAUUCUAAUUCAUUGAUUAAUCCAUUUUGAAGCAAACAAAAUACACGUCCAUUAUUAAACAAAAGUUUUAUUCUAAAGAAACUAUACGACCAAUAAGAUUUUGCUAACUAUAAAUUUUACUACAAGAUCAACUCUAAUUAGGGUCUCGGUCGGGUGAAAAUGUUUUAUAAUGAGCUAGAAAUUUUGGCACUUACCCACUGCUAUGUUGCUAUCACUCCCACUGGUAAUCCCAAAACACAGGACACUCACGUAUCUCAUGAUGCCGGAAAACUAACUCAACUUUUUGCAAUAUAAUUUUUGAUCCGCUCGGUAUCUCGGUUGUUCAACGACUGGUAAUAAUAAUAAUAAUAUCGAGUGACCUGGCUGGCUCAGGUCUGGUGUCAGAGUUUUCAGGUCGCAACUGAUCAAUUUCAGGGCCUCUGACAUGACCUAACGACUGCUUUUUAGGCAGCCGGGACCGACGGCUUAACCAACGACUGGUUCCCCCUCUCCACGUGAGUGUGCCAGAAGGCCUAACUGCUGCUAGUGGAAGAGUCGGUUGUCACUUGAUUGGGCAAGCGGGUCUGCAGCCAGGUGUGCAGUAUUCCUCUGUGAAAUAUCUACAGGCUACCGCACAUCCGCCGUUUCCUUGCCUCGUGGAGCCAGCCCCCUCAUCCAUCACAACUAGCAAAUAUCCCUGAAUUUGCUGCUUCUCAGAGUCGUGCACACAUAAGUUAGCACAAUCUUAUUGUCGCUGCAAUAAUACUACUUACUCACUAAAUUAUAUAUUUUCUCACUAAAGUCCAACUACGGAAAUUAUUAUUCUAAUAUUCAACGCAUCUCGAAAACGGUUCUAACGAUUUUCACGGAAUUUGGAACAAAGUAGGUUUAUGAUAUGAAGAUUCGAUUGCACUAGGUCUCAACCCUUGGAUAACUCGCUGAAGGACAUUAAAAGGAUAAAUACGUCCUUGGAAAAACAGCUGGAAAUUUUGUCACCUGUCGAUACCGAAUGGAAGAGAGUGAAUGUGUGGGAUCAUUCAGCUGAUCUCACAAAAAGAUAAAUUCAGCAAGAAAAACUUAUUUUCGUUUAUUUCUCUUUUUUUAGAAAACAUGUUUACUUCAGAAAGUCCAAAAUAGUAACUAGAUGCUGUUAGUGUAGAAUAGUACAUAGUAUAUUAACAAAUAUUGUACCAAACGUAGUAGAUCAAAUUCAUAGUAUAUCUAUUUGUAAUUGAUAAUGUGUUUGUUUUUUGAAGUGUGAUUAAAUUGUUAUUUUGAUGAGUGAUAGUAGCUUAACCUAGAUUUUGAUUUGGACUGUAGUAUAAAUUUGAAAAGGGACAGUUUUGGGCAUAAGCCUGUUGUGCCUCCUCAUAUAACUAUAAAAAUAAUUGUACGACUGAGAAAAUGAAUGAAUAAAUAUAAACUAUAAACUCAAUCUUUCGUUACACUCCAGAGCAAAGCUCGGUCCCCCUAUAUUAAAUAUAUAAAUAGACAUAUAGAAAUUUCUCGCUUAAUAUAAUAGGAUAAUAAUUAUGUUUGAUGUGAUGAAUAGUAUGUUAAGGAAUGUUACACGGGUAAGAGGUAAGUCUCAUAAAAUGAAUACAUUUUCAAACAUAAAUUUUAUUUAGAUUUAUUACAAAAAGUCAGAAAGUUGAAUUUAUAAAUUGAAGAAGUUUGAGAUAAUUGAUAUUGAGAGCUGUAUCAAUUUGAUAAAAUAACAUUUCUGCAAGCAAAAUAAAACUGAACGGAAAACAUGAGAUGACCAUAUUAAUUUUAUGACUUCUAAUGAAUUUCUCCGAAGCCUCUUAUUAUCAACAGGCGAAUGAAGUGACUAACGGAUGCAGAAAGGCGAUUUGAAUUUAUGUAUAUAUAACAUACUUUGAUUACAUUUACCUUGGGACGGAGGACAUAACAUUACAAGCGAAAAUGAAUAAAUUUAAGAGUGAAUGAGUGGAAAUUAAGAUGACAAUUAUAUGUUUGACAAAUUCCUAUAUCAAGAAAGUUUGUCUUGAUUAUUGAUCACGCACUGAAGCAUGAGCAAAGCAUGAUGAUAUUUCUUGAUGAUGAUAAUGAAAUUCUACCUUGGUCUCGAUGCCUUGACGGCCGACACAUUCAUCAACUACAGUAUCUUAUAAACAAAAAUAUGUUCCAUGAAAAGACAGACAGCAAUUGAAUGUUAGUUGUGUGAAGAUAUGUGAAUAAUAUAAUCAAUUAUCGAUAACCAAGUUUUCCAGACACAUUUGAUUUUCGAAAACUUAACACUAGAUCGAAAACUUAACACUAGAUAGAAAACUUAACACUAGAUCGAAAACUUCAUAAUAUCACUUGAAUUCAAAUAAUGUUGUAACACUACUUGUUAUUCAAGUGAGAUUGUGUAGUUUUAGAACAACUGAAUCUAACUUGCAUUGGACUAACAAUUUCACCAUCUAUCUACAUACAUUCGACAUCAUGCGAAUGGUUUACAAACAGAUUUUCCUAAAUUGUUAUCGUAUAUGCAAGCUAGCAGCAGGCAUCACUGCCAUAAUAUUAUCUCCUCUUCACCCUCAAUCUCCUCCCCAACUUCUAUUUCCAUUCUCUCUUCUCUUGAAGGCAUAAAAACAUUCACUUUGAUUUUCAAUCAGUCACUUGAGUAGGUUCUCUCAUUACAAGCAACUGUCAAAGUCACUGUUAGUUAUGCUUUGAAGGGAGACAUCAAGGAAAGAGUUGAAUCUUUCUCAAAGAUCUUUUGCAGAUCAAUGAGACUAAUAGAUGAAAUAGUUAUGAAUAAGUAAAUUGAUUUCAAUGACAUCAUUGAAAUGAAAAUGAAUGUAUGAAGUUAAUAGAUGAAAACUACCAUGGUGAAACGAGUCUUCAGGAAGCCUACAGAAAACCCAAAAAUUAAAUAGUUACAAUUAUUAAUCGUGGAUGUAAAUUGAAUGGAUUCAUGAAAUACGGUAAUGAAUGAAAUGCUUAAAUCAGAUCUUUAUGAUGCAGACACCUGCAGUUGAGUAAUUAUUCUGGGAAGUCUACAGAACUCAUUACAAGCAAGUUAUCGAAUUUAAGUUUUCCUCUUUUUUGUAACUAUCGCCAACUAUUCUUAGUUGUUAUAAUAUAUCAAAUAGACUACCAACAUAGUACGCUAUUGUACUAAUAUACAAAUAAUAAUAUACUGCGAAAAAGUUGUAAAUUAAUGGAAAAAGUUACCGUGUAUUACUCAGACGAUUAAAAUGCACCUAUUCAAGAAUUUAAACUGAACCUAAAUGAAAUUUGCACCGAAAUCUUAUUAUCAAUUUCGACUCCUUUCAUGUAUAUAUUUUUUCAAUUUUCAGAGUCAGAUUGCGUCUUAAAUUAGGAGUCCUAAUAAGUAGUAAUAAUAGAAUUUAUUCAUUGUUAUUAUAAUAGCGAAUAUUGUAAAUGAUAAUCUCAUCAAUAAUUAUUAUUGUAAUUGAAUAGUUGAAUCAUUAUUCUUCAUCUUGAACUGCUGUUUGCCGACAUUCGAUACUUUAAUGAUAAUAAAACAAUCCAUCUCAGAAAUUACUCAUGUAAUGACUUUCAUAGAUGGAGUUCAUUAUCACAAAAAAGCUGGCCGAUAUCCGCAUACAAACGCCUUUUAAAACUAGAUCAAAAAAUUACCAAUAUAAUUAGCUUUCAAGUAGAAUUAUUAUUCUCCUUGAUAAGCAAGUGAUAUUGGCAAGUUCUUGAACAACUGAAUUCCACUUGCAACAGAAUAACAAUUUCGUCAUCAGUCAUCAACAGCACAGUCUCGAGUGUUUGAGUUUUCAAAAUAAUUUCAUUGAAGUAUUCAAAACAAAAAUACUCUGGCUGAACUGAGUGAGAUCAUUGAUAUCAGUUAUAAAAUUGUUCACUGUUUGCAAGCAGAAAAGUGACAAACGUCACCUGCUCAAUCAUCUUUUCUUCUCCGUUUCCACUUCUUCUUACUAAUGCUCUGAUCCUCGAUUUCAUCCUCUUCAGCAUACUCAUAUUGAAAAGAUUUCAUGAACGAGAAAAGAAGACACUAUGAGAAUGAGGAUUCAAGCG